UGAACGUUUGAUCAGGGACACGCGGCAUCAUCAGACCAAGGCAAAGCAAUCAGUUCAUUUGUCCCAAAUUCAAUACUCAGACAAGAUCCUAGGUUACUCCAUCUUCGUUCAAAUUCGAGCUCGAGCUGCCGGAGCUACCGGAGUAAUUUUUCCGGCAACAAAACGCAACAGUUCUCUUCACUUCAUUCCCUGUUUUCCAAAUUCACGUGAAGAAACCUAAGAUUAGCUAAGAAGAAGAAAAUGUCGGUGCAAGAAUAUCUAGAUAAGCACAUGCUUUCUCGGAGAAUCGAAGAUGCCGUUAAUGCCGCCGUCAGAGCUAAAACCCCCGAUCCCGUCCUCUUCAUUUCAAAUCACAUGCGGAAAUCUGUACCGUCGGUGAUAACGAAGGUGAAAGCGCGGCAAAUAUUGGACAGUAGAGGAAUUCCGACCGUCGAAGUUGAUCUCCACACGAAUAAAGGCGUUUUCCGUGCUUCUGUACCUAGUGGUGCUUCUUCUGGAAUGUAUGAGGCUAUUGAACUGCGUGACGGAGACAAAGGAACUUAUCUUGGCAAUGGUGUGAAUAGAGCUGUCAAGAAUAUUAAUGAGAAAAUUUCAGUUGCAUUGGUUGGUAUGGAUCCCACUCUUCAAUCUCAGAUUGAUCAGGUCAUGAUAGACUUGGACAAAACAGAAAAUAAGAGUGAACUUGGAGCAAAUGCUAUUUUAGCUGUCUCAAUAGCUGCUUGCAAAGCUGGAGCUGCUGAAAAAGAGGUUCCACUUUACAAACACAUUGCUGAUCUUUCUGGUCAAACAAGCUUGCUUCUUCCUAUUCCAGUCUUUACUCUCGUAACUGGAGGAAAACAUGCUGGAAAUAAUUUGGCUAUUCAGGAGAUAAUGAUUCUGCCAGUGGGAUCAAAGACAUUUGAGGAGGCUUUACAAAUUGGUUCCGAGACCUAUCAUCAUUUGAAGGUAGUGAUUACAGAGAAAUAUGGUGCCUAUGGAUGUAAUGUUGGUGAAGACGGUGGUUUUGCUCCCGACAUCUCAAGCUUAAGAGAUGGCUUGGACCUUGUUCAGGAGGCUAUUGGGAGAACAGGGUACAAGGAGAAAAUAAAGAUAGCUAUUGGUGUUGCUGCGACUGAGUUUUGCAUAGGUACAAAAUAUGAUUUAGAUUUUAAGACUCCAAAUAAAUCUGGACAAAAUUUUAAAUCAGGACAGGAUAUGAUUGAUAUGUACAAAGAACUCUGUGCAGACUACCCCGUUGUCUCAAUUGAAGAUCCAUUUGACAAGGAGGACUGGGAGCAUGUCAAGUACUUUUCGAGUCUUGGAAUGUGCCAGGUGGUUGGAGACGACUUACUAAUGUCAAAUCCUAAACGGAUUGAGAGAGCCAUACAAGAGAAUGCGUGCAAUGCCCUUCUUCUCAAGGUUAAUCAGAUUGGUACAGUGACCGAAACCAUUGAAGUGGUCAAGAUGGCUAAGGAUGCCCAAUGGGGGGUUGUGAUAUCUCAAAGAAGUGGUGAAACUGAAGACAGUUUUAUAGCUGAUUUAUCUGUUGGCUUAGCUACUGGUCAAAUUAAAGCAGGUGCUCCUUGCCGAGGAGAACGACUAGCAAAGUACAACCAGUUGCUUAGAAUUGAACAAGAGCUUGGUGAUCAAGCAGUUUAUAUUGGUGAAAAGUGGAGGACCUGAUCAUUUUUCGGCAGACUUCUAUUUUUGGACAUUCUUCCCAUUCUUAGUUGCAGCGCUACAGACUAUAGAGUCUUUUAGUUUGCAGCUAUACGGCUACCACUUUGAACAUUCUCCAUGAGCAGUGCUAUAGCUUUGCAGCUAAUGGCUAGACUGCGGGAUGAGAUUGUCUGUUCUAAUCUAGCAGUGUUAAAAUCUGAAUUUUCCUGUUUGUAGAGGCAUUUGUAAAAAGAAAUUGAGUUAAACUGCAAUCGGAAAAAAUCUCACGUUUUUUGCAACUGUACUGUAGUUCUCAUCUUACGAUCAUAAAGGAUGAUUUGUCCUGCGUACUGAGUGCAACAAUGAAAUAGAUAACAUUUACUUCCCUGUUGAUACUUC